AUAAACAAUAUGGGUCAAUUAAUUACAAGAGUUUACAACUUAUUCGAUCCAAUCAAGAAUAGUAGGAUAUUGAUGAUUGGUUUGGAUGGCGCAGGAAAGACAACAUUGUUGUACAAGUUAAAGAUUGGUGAACAGGUGUGCACUAUACCAACUAUUGGAUUCAACGUUGAGACUAUCGAAUACAAGAAUCUGGCAUUUGUCGUAUGGGAUGUAGGCGGACAACACAAGAUCAGAACAUUAUGGAAGCAUUACUAUCAGAACACCAAUGCCAUCAUCUUUGUGGUGGACUCUACCGAUGCCGAGCGCUAUGAAGAGGUGCGCGAGGAGCUGGCCAAGAUCAACGAGGAGGACUCACUGCGAGGCGUGCCCAUCGUGAUGAUGUGCAACAAGCAGGAUAUGAAGGGUGCUGCAUCCAUCGCCGAGAUCAUCGAGCGUCUCGACAUGAACCAGUUCAAGGACAGGAAGUGGUACUGCCAGUCAACAGUGGCCACCAGUGGCGAGGGUAUCUACGAAGGUCUAGAGUGGCUGGCGCAGACCCUAAGAGCCAAG